AUGCCGACGACAUUUGUUCUCGGUAUAGGCUUUGUUUUUUGUAGUGUCUGUUUGGGUUCAUCGUUAGUAGUUCCUGAAUGGGUUGAAAUUCUUUUAGGAGAUAAAUUCUUUACAGUUUGUAGUGUCCAUGAUGAGUGUACUGAGAAGAAGAAGAGGAAGAAGAAGACUGAAAAGAACAUCUUCUGUUUGGAUUGCUGUACUGCCUUGUGUUCUCACUGCUUAUCUCAUCACCAUCUUCACUCUCUCUUACAGAUAAGAAGGUAUGUGUAUCAUGAUGUUAUACGCAUAAGUGAUGCAAAGAAGUUGAAUAUUGAUUGUUCUUCUGUUCAGUCAUACAGAACAAACAAUGCGAGAGUAGUGUUUUUGAAGCAAAGACCAAUAUCAUUGUCAUCAUCAUCAAAUAGUCUUCCAUUUAGGGUUUCUUCUACUUCUGGGAAUAUUUGCAUCAAAUGUGUCCGAACUCUCCACCACCCUUAUCUCUUCUGCUCUCUCUCUUGCAAGGUGUAUCAUCGUGGAAUAACACAAGAAGAAGAACCUGCUAAGAGAGUAUUACUUCUAGAUCGAAUGACUACUCCUGAGUCGGUUCUUGACUCGCCCGAGUCAACUAGCAUUACCAUUACUACUACCAUGACUAGUAAUACUAACUCUGGUCAUGGUGUAAUUAUUAGAACUAGUAAUGGAGAGAGUUGCACAACCCUAAUGCUUACCAAGAAGCGUAGCAGUAGUGAGGUCGGCCAUAAUGAACCACCUAAUAAUCAUGUUACGUACUACCGCCCGGUGAGGAGUUCGCCGGCGGUGGAUGUGAACGUUGGGCGUAAUCGUCGCCGGAAGGGUCUUCCUCAACGGUCACCUUUGAAUUGA